AUGCCGGACUCACUCGAGACAGCCGCUCUCAACGGAUCGUUAUUCACUUUCGACGACUCUCCUCCCUCUCCCGCACGUUCAAACUCCUCGGCAUCGCUCCUGAAUACGGAUGACGAUUUAGGCUCAGACUUGGACGAUGGGCCAUCUUCAAGUAAAAUAGGUCAGAGAGGUGAUACAUCCGGUAAGGGUGUACCGCCAGUAAAUGGUAGUCAGAUAGAGCACGAUGGACCUCAGACUGGACCUAAGGGGGUGAUAUCGGAUCGUAAAGCCCAUUCGACGGUUGAACAACAGCGGAGAGAUAGAGAGUUGAACGACAAGGCAUUAGAACAGAAUAGGAAAGCGCUGAUAGGAUUGACGGUACAUGAGGAAGAUCAACUAAGGAGAAGAGAGGAGGAGGAGAAUGAGUUGAAUGAAUGGAGGAGGAGGAGGAAAGAACAGCUGAUCAGAAAUCCGGAGCAGGAUGAGGAUGAGGGUGAAGAUGAGGGUAGGAGGCAGAGUAUAAAGAGGGGCGGAUUGAGGGAGUUGGACAAGACCAAUUUCAUAGAUGCUGUCGAGAGGAAUGGGUGGGUGGUAGUAUUGAUCUAUGAACCUGAGAUACCCCGCUGCGUCUCGCUUCUCGCAUCCCUCUUGCAUCUCUCACUCAAUCUCCCUUCCCCCUCGACAUUGUCAAUUCCAGUGACAUUGUACAAAGCCCGUGCGACAUCCUUGCAAUUCUCCCUUUUACCUCCCACUUCAUCAACCAUCACACAUUACGAAGAUGAAGAACCGAUAGGUACGCCUGAUCCUGAUGUAUUACCUACGAUGUUGGUUUACAAGGAUGGCGAGUUGGAGAAGAACUGGGUAAGGGUCGAUUGGGAAGUGGAUGAGAGUGGGGUGGAAGGGCUAUUGAAGAAGGAAGGGAUAUUGCCCUCGGUAGGAGCAGGAAGGAUGGGAGCACGAGUGGGGAUCAAUAGGAGCAGAGACUUGUUGGAUGAUGAGGACGAUGAGGAGUAG